CCAAGUUUCAGAGACAAAUGCAAGGGUUGAAGAUUGGGUUGAGAACAGGACUCCUCUCUGUAAACCUUGGACCCGGAGCUAUUCUAUCUGCAGCUAUGGCGUCUGCUGCUGGCCACAAGGUUGCUGUUGUAUUGUCUGGUUGUGGUGUUUAUGAUGGUACAGAGGUUCAUGAAGCUGCAGCUGUUCUUGCAGCUCUAUCUAGACAUGGGGCUACCCCUCUCAUGUUUGCUCCUGACAAGAAGCAAGCACAUGUAAUAGAUCAUACUGCUGGAUCUGAGAUGGAUCAGGAGAGAAAUGUACUAAAAGAAUCUGCCCGGAUUGCUCGAGGUUCAGUUUCUCCUCUAUCCGAGCUAAAACCUGGAGAUGUAUCCGCUGUAGUGUUUCCAGGCGGGUUCGGAGCUGCUAAAAAUCUCUCCGAUUUCGGAUUCAAAGGAGCAGAUAUGGAUGUAGAUCCUGAGGUUCGGCGGAUAAUCUCUGAAUUCCAUACUGCUGGGAAACCACAAGCUCUCUGCUGCAUUGCUCCAAUACUAGCUGCUAAAGUUUUGGGAGAGUUUGGAGUAACCUUAACCCUUGGUAACACCGGAGCCGAGUCUGAUUGGCCGUAUCAAGGAUCUAUCGAAGCUGCCAAAUCAUUCGGCGCUAACAUGCAACUCAAGAAUGUAGACGAGGUGGUAACAGAUGAGAAGAACAAGGUUGUGAGUACACCAGCUUUCAUGUUCAACGGACAGUUUCAUCAGAUCCAGGACGGAGUAACUAAAAUGAUUGAUAGUCUAGUCAAGCUCCUCUAGAUGGAAGUAAUACCCGGGGAAGAUGGAAGAAUCGUACCCUGGUGAUUUACAGGAUUUUAGAACUUACUAAGAAUGAUUUAUAUUUCAGA